AACAUAGUUUCAAUAACGGUUUAUAAUAAUCAAAAGUCUCACGUUGUAAAUAAAAAAUUUUCAAUAUUAUAAACAAUAACAAACAAAUAAAUUGUGCUGUCAUUUAUUGUCACCUGUCAAAAGUGCAUCAUCAAACUACAUCAAAUAACUUGACUGAUUAUAUACUUUUAUUUGUUGACAUAUCACUCACCAAAAAUGUCACGAAAAACCGGUCAACCGCUGAAAGAAACUAUUAUCUUUGUUGCUGAUGUUGGAAUUGAACAAGACGAUCCAAAUGGAAAAGUUUUUAUUGAUACUGUUAAAGAGGUUAUGACGUUAAUAAUACAAAAAAAGAUUUUCUUAAGACCCAAUGAUGAAGUUGGCAUCAUUCUAAUGGGUUCUCAUGCAGCCCAGAAUAAUUUUGAUAACAUUGAAGAGUUCCAGCCAGUUCAAACAGUAUCAAUUGAUACAAUAAAAAAUAUAAAUAAAAUAAAACCCAAAAAUUGUCACAACAAAAAUUGGAUCAAGGCACUUCAUACUGCUGUUGAACUUGCAAAGAGUGAAUGUUUAGGGUCAUUAAGAACAACAUUGAUCAUGCUAAGUGAUUAUUUACCUUCUGAUGUAUUAAAUGCAGCUGAUAUGGAAAAAGUUUCAAACAGUAUUCUCAGGGAAACACUUCAUUUACUUUGCAUUGGAACAAAAUCCCUGACAACAAUUGACACUGCUGAGCUAAACAAGAGUGAAAAAAUGAUUCUGGAUUUAGUUGAACAAGUUUCUGGUGGAUACAUGACAUUCAAUCAAACUUUACCAUCUUUUAGAAUAUUUGGAGUUAAAGAUAAAAAACCAAUGGCUUGGAAAUGUGAUCUUGAAAUAUCUGACAUCAAGAUAAAAAUAAAUGCAUAUAUUUUGGCAAAAGAAGAACCAUCAAUUCCAUCAUGGAAAAAAGUUGAAGUUGAUCCUGAUCUUAAUCAAGAUACAAUUGUUUCUAAAAAAAGUGAACUUGUUGAUAGAGAAAAAAAUAUUGUCACUCGAGAUGAUUGUAAUGAGGGCUACUUGUAUGGUCAAGAAUUUAUUCCAAUAACAGAACAUGAAGCACAUAAUUUAAAAAUUGAAACAGAAAAAUCAUUUAUUCUUUAUGGUUUUACUAAUCAAGAUUUGGUUAAACUUGAUUACAGAUGUGGACUACAGACUCAUAUAAUUUUGCCAAGUCAGGAUGCAGAGAAACAAUUUUUUGCAUUGGUUAAAGCCAUGGCUGAUAAAAAACAAGUUGGUUUAGUUAGAAAAGUAUAUUGCAAAGCUUCAGCUCCAAAGAUGAAUGUUUUAGUUCCAUGUGUUAAUGUACCUGGUGAACCUUGGUGUAUGUAUAUGUAUGAAUUAAUUUAUGCUGAUGAAAGAAGUGUCAUUGAUCCAAGACCUUAUAGAUCAAUUUUAAAACAAUUAGAAAAGGAAGAAAAUGAUGCAGUUGAUAAUUUAAUUGACACCAUGUUAUUGGAUGAUGAUGUCUUAAAACCUGGUCAAAUAAAUGAUGUUAAAAUUCAACAUAUAUGGAACAGUUUAGCUUAUCGUGCUAUCAAUCCAAAUUCACCAUUACCACCUGUUAAAAGUUCUCUACUUGCACCAAUUAAAGCUACAACUUAUAUUGCAAAUGAAAAAAUUGAUUCAUGUGUUGAGAAACUCAUAGAAUUAUUUCCAAUUCCAAAAGAAGAAAAAGAUGGAGAAACUUUGGAAAAUAAUAGCACAACAGCUAUGGAUGUGGAAGAGGCACAAGAUGAACCUGCUCAGAAUAAGAAUACUCCAAUUUUAACAGACAAAGAUACAACUGAAGUUGCUCCUGAAGUUGAUUUAGACGAUCUUUUUGAUGACUGACGUGCUUUGUAUCUGGGAUUUAAAAUGGAUUUAAUUCAAUCUACUUGUAUUUAUUUUUUUAUUUUAAAUUAAGA